GUCGCGCGCUUUGAAAGUAGAGAUCUCAGACCUACUUGUAAAGCAUUACGCACUAACGCGGAGGUACUUUCCACGCUCUCCAAACGAUGGACUUUACGGAACUCUACAAACAGUCUUUGAAUCUCUGUCAUUUUUCCCCCAACGGUCUCUACCUCGCCACAGCCGUCCAACACCGGCUCGUCAUUCGAGACGCGGAAAGCCUCCAAAUCCUCCACCUCUUUGCCUGCACCGACAACAUCCAACACGUCUCUUGGAGUCCAGACUCUGAACUCGUAUUAUGCGCAUCGUUCAAAUUGGGUAUACUUCAAGUGUGGAGUAUAAAAGAUGAGGAAUGGACCGCAAAGAUUGAAGAAGGGGUAUCGGGGUUGGUGGACGUCAAAUGGGCACCCGACGCACGGCAUUUGUUGAGUUUUUCGGAUUUUCAGUUACGAAUAACGGUAUGGUCCCUCACAUCCAAAGAAGCAUACUAUAUACAAUACCCAAAAUACUCUGACAAAGGCUACUGCUUCCGUCAGGACGGGCGAUAUUUUGCCCUCGCUGAACGUAAAGACUGUAAAGACUAUCUCAGCAUAUAUGAUUGUGAAGAUUGGACAUUGUUAAAACGAUUUGCCCUGGACACGAACGAUCUGGAAGACAUUGCAUGGUCCCCUGAUGGACGGUUCAUUGCGGCUUGGGAAACAAUGUUGGACUAUAAAAUCCACAUUUACUACCCUGACGGCCGCCUCAUCAAAUCCUACUCUGCAUACGACACGGGUCUAGGAAUCAAAACAGUGCGAUGGUCACCUUCUAGUCAGUUUCUGGCUAUAGGAAGUUUUGACCAAAAGGUCCGCUUAUUAAAUUAUUAUACAUGGCAACCUCUCAUUGAUUUCUCGCAUCCAAGAGAACUGGUACCGCAUGACAUUACAGUGUUUAAGGAAACGGACCCAGAAAAUGAAAACACAAUGACGGGAAUAGCGAAUUGGAGUCAAGCAGCACACCCAAAAAUCCGAUAUCAAGUCCUUUGUCCACCUAUUACCAUUCCCCAAUCACGGCCGGACCCUGAUAAACCUAACCCUCGAAUGGGCGUCGGGAUAUGCGAGUUUAGCUGUGAUGGACGGUUAAUCGUAACACGCAAUGACAAUAUGCCGACCUGCCUUUGGAUCUGGGAUCUCGUCGAGCUCCGACAGGUAGCAUUGAUUCAACAAACGAAUCCAGUCAAAAUGGUGCGGUGGAAUCCAGUCAUUCCUGAUAGAUUGGCAUUUUGUUGUGGAAACGGGGUUAUUUACAUGUGGCAGGGUGGGGAGGUCAAUGGAUGCGAGUCCGUUGAGGUUCCUGCUGUCAAUUUCCAAGUGUUGAGUUUUGAGUGGAAUCCAGACGGAAAGUCAAUGUCACUCUUGGACAAGGACAAAUUUUGUCUAGCUUUCCCAAUAGAAGAGUGAAAUAUGAUCCAUGUACAUAUAGAUUGAUAUCCUCACAAACGGUAUAGACAAUACUCGGUCACAUUUAAAGUUGAAAAGAAACAUACAAUUUCCAAG